UGAAUUUCGAAACAAAGAUGUGCAGAGCAUGUCUGAUUCAAUCAGAAAAACUGCAGCCAUUAUUUUUUGGUCAAUACAGUUUCUAUGAUUCUGAUAGUGUAUUAAAUAUGUUUAUUAAUUGCACAUCCUUAGAAGCAACUGAAUAUGAUCAGUACCCGAAACAUAUAUGUGAUAAUUGUCUAACAGACUUACGUAAAGCUUAUGAUUUUUGGAAAAGAUGUAGAAAUUCUGUUGAAAAACUCAAUAAUCGGAACAAAAAUGUAAUAUAUUUUGAAAGCAAAGUAGAAGUUAAACCUGAAAUAAAUACUGGCAGUAUUAUAGAACAAGAUCCAUUAAAAACAAUUAUAUGCAAUGAUGUUAAUGUAAAAGAACAAAAUGAAAUAUUGAUAUAUCCUAAAAGCGAGUUGAAUAUUUCUUUAAGUACAAAUUUAGAGUCCAGGCAGAAUAACAUUAGAUUAAGUUUGGAAAAGGAUACGGCCAAAAAUUCUGUUUGUGAAUUGAAGAAUAAUGGAACACUUUCCGAAGAUGUGGCAAGUAAAAGCGAAGAAAACAUAUGUACUGAAAUACAUGAAUCAAAGACAUUUGAUUUAGAGCAAGAGAUAAACAAUAAAAUUAACUUUUUAGAAAGUUCAAUACUCAACCAAAAAGUAUCUCCUGAAAUGAAUACAUACAUUAAACCUGCUUCAAAAAGAAAUAAAAUUUCUUUAAAAAAGGUUAUUAAAAAAGGUGUUGAUAAAACUGAAAAAUCCCAUCUAUGUCAUGAAUGUGGAAAAACAUUUCUGAAGCCCCAUCAAUUAACUAGCCAUUUACGUGUUCAUUCUGGUAUUAAGCCUUACAAAUGUGAAACAUGCAAUGCCCAAGUGAAAGAUUACUCCAACUUUAUGGUUCAUUUAAGAACACAUAAUCGGGAAGCUAGUACAAAAUACAGCUGUGAUCAAUGUAAUAAAGUUUUUGGUACUUGGAGUGGUAGGUAUUAUCAUAUUAAACGCAAUCACUCUCCUAAACAAUUCAUUUGUGAGGUAUGUUCAAAAGCAUUUGGCCUGAAACAACAUUUGAAACAGCAUUUCAAAAUACAUACAGGGGAAAGACCUCACAUCUGUAAUGAAUGUGGCAAAUGCUUCCGAGUAAAAUCAAUCCUCAGAGAACAUAUGCUGAUACAUGCUGGAGAAAAAAAGUUUUCAUGCACAGUGUGUGACAAACGAUUUACUGGUAAAAAACAUGUGGUUCAGCACAUGGUCACACACACUGGUAUUCGGAAACAUAAAUGUGAAAUUUGUCAGAAAGCAUUUACACAGCGUCAUGUUUUAAGAUCACAUCUUAAAAUGCAUGAAAAAGAUAAAUGAUGAAUGGCUUUUUAUAAUUAUGAACUUUUAUAAAGUUGUAAAAGAUAGCUAUCAGAACAUAAUGAAAAAUAG